UUCCUUUUGUUCGUGGUAUCCAUUAUUGAUGGAUGAGAUCUUGCACAAAAUAACGAAUCAUCUGUUUUUCUUUCCCUACUUGUAAGCAUCGAAAUGUUUUAACUGUGGCUUUCACUGUACAGUCCUAAACAUUUGUUUUUUGUUUACAAUAUUGUUGACGAAUUGGAUGUUGAGUAAAUAAAUAUAUGAUGAAACUAGUUGAAGAAAAGCUUCAUCAGUGUUACUAUAUGAAAUAAAAUAUAUCAAACUCUGCGGUUUGACUUUAUUUCUCAUAAUUGUCGAUGUUAAAAUUAAUAUUCUACAAAUUCUGCGGUUUGUCAUUGCUAAUCCUUACUCCUUAGGAGUUGACGGGAAAAGAAAUUGUGCAAAAUAUAUAUUUGUGAUUUCGAAAAUAUUUUCCUUUGUACUAAUAUAAUAAUUAUAUUUGUUUUGAAAUCAAAUGGCCGAAGCAAUUGCUAGCAGCAAUUCUAUAGUGAACGUAUGUCCAUUUUGUAAUAAAAAAUUUGGAAAUGAAUUUGAAUUACGAAAUCAUUUAGAAGAAAUUCAUAAAAUUUCAUUGACUUAUGAGAAUCCAUGUGAAGCCGAUUUUGGAGACAACCUAAGAUGUUACAAAAUUAGUGAAAUCAAGAAGCCAUUAAUUUUAGGAGGAAAAUUGAGAGAGCUAAAAAUGAUUUUAAAGGAAGAUUUUGACUUGUACAUUCAACACAUGAAGGCAUGGAUACGCUGUAGUAUAACAAGGUUACAAUUUCAUGAAAAUGUUUGUUCUUUUUUCACUCCUGAAACAAUUAAAGUCCAUAAUGAAUUUCUCCUGUAUUUCUUAAAAGAUAUUCGCUCAAUGUCUCGGCUGUGUCAAAUAGGUACAGAAGAUAGUUUUGACUAUUCUACGAACAACCUUACACCAGGAGAAUUGCCAUCAACCGUUAGUCAACCAAUUGCCAAUCAUGCUGCAGAAAAUACGAACCUAAAUGUAUCCAGUUAUAGCGCUUUGAUUGAUUCAUAUGAACAGCAAUCAAAUCCAAGACAUUCACUUCAAGAUCAAGAAACUUUGUAUGCAUUAAGUCUUGUAUCGUCUUGGGAAAAUGGCUGUAGAAAUGUAAAAAAAAGACUUGUCCCUAUUGUAUAUUGUGCAAUUAAGCAACUUAUAAGAGGUAUUUCCAGAGCCAUUGCAACGAGACGAAAAUGCAUUAAAGUGAAGCCUAAUGGUCUUGUUUAUGAUGUUAGAAAAACGGAUCCAAAAGAUGUUAGCCCUGAUGACCAACUAAAAUACACAGGCAGUGUAACUCUACCAGAAUUAUUAGAUGCUUUAGAGGCACAUCCUAACCUCAUACCUUUAAAAUCAAUUUAUAAUGUUACUAUCCAGUCAAUUAUGAAUUCUGUGGAACGUCAGAGAGUCCAGAAGUCUCAAGAAAACGGUGAAAAAGAAGAUAGUUGAAUAGAUCCAGUUAUAUCAGAUCAAUUUUUGAGAUGUAAAAUGUAUAAUAUAUUUUUAAUAAAUUUCAUUAAGCAUUAAGUGUU